AUGGAUGGGGUUGAAGUGAAUUCCCUCGGACACAUCUUGUACACUCGCUUAGCUGCUCACGCAGCACGGCUAGUGCAACAACGGUUCCUCCGAAACAAUAUCAUUCCUAAUUCUACUACCGAUCGGCUCGACUCGGUCUCGCUUAUCUCGCGGAUACUUGAACGCCAAAUUCAGCUUCCUGCUGGGGAAAGGAUGUGCGCCCAGGCACUAGCUGGGUAUGAGAAAGCGCUAGGACUGGACCAUACAUCGACCCUCGACGCCGUGAACAAUCUCGGGAAUUUAUAUCUUGACCAAGACAAAAUGAAGUGUUCAAAACUGCGGAUGUUCGCUGGUUAUGAUCUUGGAAGGAAUAACUAG